AUGGCGGAUGGAGAAGACGAUUCAAGUCCGAAUCUGUCGAUCAGCUUAUCUCGACAAACUUUGAUUCGCGGAAAAAAGCGAAAGAUCACUUUGCAUAGCAUGGUGCUUCGACGUCGUAAUAGUGGACAAGCAGAUCCUGCAGAACCGCCGACAGUGCAAACGUCAACGCCAGUGAGCAGUUCGGUUUCGUACUUUCAGUCAGUACCUGUACAAACGGAUAUCACCGAUAUGGCUGCCAGAAAAAGGUAUGAAUUACGUCGGCGCCGAUCUCUCCAACACAGCGAAGGAGAUGGAUGCGUUACGAGUAACAUGGCUGCAACAGCCGAUGAGAAAUCAGUGGGACCAUUGCGUAAACGGAUAAAAGGUGAUCCACUGACUGAAGCGCAAAGCAGCUUGGAUCUGUCUGGAGAGCGUUAUUUAUCUGAUUCCUCAAUUGAUAUUUUACCAGAUGAAAUUUUUAUGAAGAUUUAUUCAUUUCUUUACGAAGGCGAUCUCCUGACAUGUUCUGCCGUAUCGCGUCGUUUUUACCGAUUAUCAAAUGAUUUAAAUUUAUGGAAGAUACUGUAUCACGAAGCUUUUGAAUAUCGGAUACCUCUUUAUCAUCCUGAACCACGCAAAUUCGAAUUUCGGGAAGUUGGUCGUUGGAGAGAUACUGUAAAUCCAUGGAAAGAAAGUUUUCGCCAAUUGCGACAAGGUGUUCAUAUACGAUUCGGUUCUGCCCAUAUUUAUGAAGGUCACAUCGGACGCAAUAUAUUGCAUUUUAAAAAUCUUACUGAUGCAGUCGAACAUUGUGAACAACUUCCAAAUGAAGUAGAAAAGCUAAUUUUUCUACAUGAAGGAAUAUAUGCUUCGACGCAGUUAGUGAUCGACACACCACUGCAGAUUAUCGGAGCAGGUGCAUCGCGCAAUUUUCAAGAUUCAGUUAUUAUUGACAGUAAUAGUGGGACAACGAUAACGUAUGUAGAAGGUGCUGAACAUGCAUAUCUUGGGUUUUGUACGGUGAAAUAUAUGGAACCUCCUUUAGAAGCAAUGCGUGUAGGAAACGGGCAACAUCUUUGCUCUGCUCUUGUUAUUAACGCUUUUGCUAGCCCACUGAUUGAACAUUGCAGUUUUUCAUCAACUUGCUCUGGAGGUGCCACCGUUUGCGUAAAGCAUGAAGGGGCAAAUCCUUACAUCAAGAACUGCUCUAUAUGUGGCUCAGAUAACGUAGGAAUUUACAUUACUGACAGUGCUACUGGAACAUAUGAGGAUUGUGAAGUUGCGCGCAAUACGUUAGCUGGUGUUUGGGUGAAGAAUAAAGCGAAUCCAUAUUUUCGACGUUGCCAUAUUCAUGAUGGUCGAGACGUUGGGGUUUUCACUUUUGAACAUGGAAUGGGUUACUUCGAGAAAUGUGAUAUUCACAGUAAUCGCAUUUCGGGUAUUGAAGUGAAAAACCAAGCUAAUCCAACUGUUGUUCGUUGCGAUAUUCAUCAUGGACAAACUGGUGGAAUUUAUAUACAUGAAAAAGGGCGCGGUCAAUUCAUCGAGAAUCGAAUAUUCUCGAAUCAGUUCGCUGGCAUUUGGAUAACAUCACAAUCCGAUCCCACCGUGAGGAAAAAUGAGAUUUUUUCGGGUCAACAGGGUGGCGUUUACGUAUUUGGUGAAGGACGUGGUCUCAUUGAACAAAACAAUAUUUAUCAAAAUAAUCUAGCUGGUAUUCAAAUACGCACCGGUUCCGACCCGAUUGUUAGACUCAACAAAAUACACAGUGGAUAUCACGGAGGCAUAUAUGUGCACGAAAAAGGACGGGGAUUAAUUGAAGAGAAUGAAGUUUACGGAAACGCACUUGCGGGUAUUUGGGUGACAACUGGAUCCUGUCCAAUACUGCGAAAAAAUCGCAUACAUUCCGGCAAACAGGUUGGCGUUUAUUUUUAUGAUAACGGACAUGGUUUAUUGGAAGAAAAUGACAUCUUCAAUCACCUUUACUCCGGUGUUCAAAUAAGAACAGGUUCAAAUCCCAAAAUUACUCGAAAUAAGAUUUGGGGUGGUCAAAAUGGAGGUGUAUUGGUAUACAACUGUGGAAAAGGUGUUCUGGAAGAUAACGAAAUUUUCGACAAUGCAAUGGCGGGUGUUUGGAUUAAAACGGAAAGCAAUCCAGUUCUUCGGCGUAAUAAAAUUUACGAUGGGCGUGAUGGAGGAAUAUGCAUAUUCAAUAAGGGCCGUGGUUUACUAGAAGACAACGAAAUUUACCGUAAUGCACAGGCUGGUGUUUUGAUAUCAACGGAUUCUAAUCCCAUUCUUCGGCGAAAUCGGAUUUACAAAGGACGCGCUGCGGGCAUCGAAAUCACAAAUGGUGCUACCGCAACACUGGAAGGAAAUCAUCUCUUUCAAAAUGAAUUCGGAGGCUUAUGUUUGGCAAGUGAUGUGCGUCCAAUAAUGCGUGAUAACCUCAUUUAUGAUAAUCAUAAUGCUGUUGAUCGGACGAUCGCUAAGGGACAUUGUCUGUUCAAAAUAAGCUCUUGCACUUCAUUUCCGAUGCAUGACUUCUACCGAUGUAUAAGCUGUAAUACAACAGAUCGUAAUGCAAUUUGUGUCAACUGCAUCAAGUCAUGUCACAAAGGACAUAAUGUGGAAUUUGUUCGCCAUGAUCGAUUCUUUUGCGAUUGUGGUGCUGGGUCAUUGGAUAGACAGUGUACAUUGCAGUCCGAAACUCGCGACAAUGAUACAGUAUACGAUUCAGCUACACCUACAGAAUCUGAAACCACAUAA